UCUGGGCUUGUUGGGGAGGAACUGGAGCUGAGAGGAGGUGUGGACAGGCAGAGUCCUGGACCUUGGGCAGCAAAAGGGGGGGUUUUGCAGUUUUUGUUUCCUUGAUCGGCAGCUCAGUGGGGCCCUCCCGCUCGGACAUUCCGGAAAGUGAUGUGGGUAGGGUGGGUGGAGCGAGCAGCAGGUGCCAGAACACAGAUUGCAUAAAAGGCUGGAGGCUGUGAGGGGCAGGGGAAGGGAGUGUGACCAGGCUCAGGUCUGGAGUUUCAGCUUGGACAUCGAGCCAAGCAGACACGCAGCAGAAGCCGGGAGAGGCCAUCCUGCCGCCAGCCCCAGUUUCUCUCCUGUCUUCCGUCACCAUGGGGAGCAAUUGCAGCCCCCAACUCUGCCUGGUACCCUUGAUCCUGGGCCUCUUGUCUGGAGGUGUGAGCAUGACGCCAUUGCCUGAGGCCGGGUCCCAAAGCCCCUGCUCUCUGGAGGGAGUAGAGAUCAAAGGUGGCUCCUUCCGGCUUCUCAGGGCGGGCCAGUCACUGGAGUACCUGUGUCCUUCUGGCUUCUACCCAUACCCUGUGCAGAUUCGUACCUGCAGAUCCACGGGAUCCUGGAGCACCCUGCAGACCCAAGACAAAAAGAUUGUCAAGAGGGCCGAAUGCAAAGCAAUCCGCUGUCCCAGACCACAGGACUUUGAGAACGGGCAGUACUGGCCCCAGGCCGCCUACUACAAUUUGAGUGACGAGAUCUCUUUCAGCUGCUAUGAUGGUUACAAUCUCCGGGGCUCUGCCAAUCGCACCUGCCAAGCGACUGGUCGGUGGGAUGGGGAAACGGCCAUCUGCGAUGAUGGAGCGGGGUACUGCCUGAACCCGGGCAUCCCCAUUGGCACAAGGAAGGUGGGCAGCCAGUACCGCCUUGAAGACAGUGUCACCUACUACUGCAGCCGGGGGCUCACUCUACGUGGCUCCCAGCGGCGAACAUGUCAGGAAGGUGGCUCUUGGAGUGGAACGGAGCCUUCUUGCCAAGACUCCUUUAUGUACGACACCCCUGCAGAGGUGGCCGAAGCUUUCCUGUCUUCCCUGACAGAGACCAUAGAAGGAGUUGAUGCUGAGGAUGGGCACAGCCCAGGGGAACAACAGAAGAGGAGGAUUAUCCUGGACCCCUCGGGCUCCAUGAACAUCUACCUGGUGCUGGAUGGAUCAGACAGCAUUGGGUCCCGCAACUUCACAGGGGCCAAGAAUUGUCUCAGCAACUUCAUUGAGAAGGUGGCAAGUUAUGGGGUGAGGCCAAAAUAUGGUCUAGUGACAUAUGCCACAGACCCCAAAGUUUUGAUCAGAGUGACUGACCCAAAGAGCAGCGAUGCAGACUGGGUCACAGAGCAGCUCAACCAAAUCAACUACGAAGACCACAAGUUGAAGGCAGGGACUAACACCAAGAAGGCUCUCCUGGAAGUAUACAACAUGAUGAGCAGGGAAGUGAACAACCUCCCUGAAGCCUGGAACCGCACCCGCCAUGUCAUCAUCCUCAUGACUGAUGGCUUGCACAACAUGGGUGGGGAUCCAGUCUCUGUCAUUCACGAUAUCCGGGACUUGCUGGACAUUGGUAGAAAUCGCAAAAACCCCAGGGAGGAUUAUCUGGACAUCUAUGUGUUCGGGGUUGGGCCUCUGGUGAACCAAGACAACAUCAAUGCUUUGGCUUCCAAGAAGGAUAAAGAGCAACACGUGUUCAAACUGAAGGACAUAGAUAACCUGGAGGAUGUUUUCAUACAAAUGCUUGAUGAGACCCGGACUCUGGGUCUUUGUGGCAUGGUUUGGGAGCACAAGAAAGGUACUGACUAUCACAAGCAACCAUGGCAGGCCAAGAUCUCAGUCACUCGUCCUUCAAAGGGACAUGAGAGCUGUAUGGGUGCUGUGGUGUCUGAGUACUUUGUGCUGACAGCGGCACACUGUUUCACCGUGGAUGACGAGAAACACUCAAUCAAGGUCAGCAUGGGAGGGAAGAAGCAGGAGUGGGAGAUAGAAGAAGUCCUAUUUCACCCAAACUACGACCUCAAUGCGAAAAAAGCAAAAGGUAUUCCUGAAUUUUAUGACUAUGAUGUGGCCCUGAUCAAGCUCAAGAAGAAGCUCAAGUAUGAUGACACCAUCAGGCCCAUUUGUCUCCCCUGCACUGAGGGAUCGAAUCAAGCUUUGAGGCUUCCACAGUCAACCACGUGCCGGCAACAGAUGCAAGAGCUGCUCCCAGCAAAGGAUAUCAAAGCUCUGUUUGUGUCUGAGCUGUUUAAGGAACGUAAGAAGACACUGACUCGGAAGGAGGUCUACAUCAAGAAUGGGGAAAAGAAAACCGGCUGUGAGAGAGAUGCUCUACGUGCCAUAGGCUAUGACAAAGUCAAGGACGUCUCUGAGGUAGUCACCCCCAGGUUCCUCUGCACCGGAGGGGUGGCUCCCUAUGCUGACCCCAACACUUGCAAAGGUGAUUCUGGUGGUCCCCUGAUUAUUCACAAGAAGAGUCGCUUCAUUCAAGUUGGUGUGAUCAGCUGGGGCGUUGUGGAUGUCUGCAAGCGGCAGCAACAGGUACCUGCUUACGCCCGAGACUUUCACAUCAACCUCUACCAAGUGCUGCCCUGGCUCAAGGAAAAACUCCAAGAUGAGGAUCUGGGUUUUCUAUAAGGGGUUUCCUGUUGGAAACGGGCAUGAGAUCAAAUUAAAACAACUACGACAACA